AUGGGGGACCGUCACCGGAGGACCGGCAGCAGGUCCAAGGAGACCAAGCUCCGGCUGCGGGUUCUGUUCCUGGACGACAGCGAGCGCACCUUCGAGGUGGAGCAAAAGGUCUUAGGAGGCGACUUCUUCAACAAAGUGUGUGGUCAUCUGAAGCUGCUGGAGAAAGAGUACUUUGGUCUGGAGUUCAGACAUCAAGGCGGCAACUACGUGUGGUUGGAGCUGCUGAAGCCGCUGGCCAAACAGAUUAAAUACACCAGCGAUCUGUUCUUCAGGUUUAUAGUAAAGUUCUUUCCACCAGAUCCUGGACAGCUGAAGAGAAGCCUCACCAGGUAUCUUUUUGCCUUACAGAUAAAGCAGGACUUGUCAAACGGUAGUCUGACCUGCAAUGAUAACAGCGCCGCCCUGCUGGUCUCUCACAUACUGCAGUCAGAGCUAGGGGAUUACGACGUGGAGCUGGACAGUCAUCAUUUAGAGAUGAAGCAGUACGUCCCCAACCAGGAAUAUCUAGACCACAAGAUCACCAAGUUUCACAAGAAACACAGAGGUGCGUCUCCAGGAGAGUCUGACAUCCAGCUGCUGGAGGUGGCGAGGAAGCUGGACAUGUACGGCAUCAGGCCUCACCCGGCCCACGACGGGGAGGGAAUGAGGAUCAACCUGGCGGUCACACACUCUGGGCUCCUGGUCUUUCAGGGAAACACCAAAAUCAACACAUUCAACUGGGCGAAGAUCCGCAAGCUGAGCUUCAAGCGCAAACAUUUCCUCAUCAAACUACACGACAAAGUCGGGCCGCCGUGUAAGGACACACUGGAGUUAUCGAUGGCCAGCCGAGACGUUUGCAAGUGCUUCUGGAAGACGUGUGUGGAGUACCACGCCUUCUUCAGGCUGGCCGAGGAACCCAAGACGAUGCACAAAACGCUGCUGUCCUGUAAAGGCUCCAGCUUUAGAUACAGUGGACGGACGCAGAAACAGCUGCUGGAGUGUAUGGGAUCAGGGGAAAAGAAGCCUUCGCCCUUUGAGAGGACUUACUGUCAGUCAGACUUUGAUCCCAGACAGUGUCGCUCUUCUCCUGAUCUCCUCACGGAUGUCUCCAAACAAUUGUACGAGCACUCCCACCAGUUCACCCGGUCGGGUCACGCUUUGGAGGUCUACAGUCAGGAUGAGAUGGACCGACAUCACCGAGGCGGGGACAACGUCGACAUCGGAGGAGGAGGGGCUAAACGCAGCCAAUCAUCCGUCGAGGUCACCCAGAGGACUCGACCAUUUGUCCAGGUCACCCCCCUCUCUCCAUCUCUACACCAAUCAACCCCCUCGCCCAAGACGAGAUCUGCCUCCGUAUCUGUGAUGGAGGACAUGAGGGGGGGACGUAUCGGGGCUCAGCGCCAAGCCCAAAGGCUAGCCGGUAUCUAUGGCAACCGGUCGCGGCGUCGGCCCAACCCCCAGCCGCACCCGGACGCCCCUCAGCAGCUGGUGCUCCUCUACCCAAACAGUCCCGCCUACCAGUACCACCCCAUCCUGCCAACAUUCCCACUAGCUGGGUCCUCGCCUCUCAACCGACACCCUUACUUGACGGACUACGUUACCGUUUCCUCGCUGGAGCGCUUCCCGCAGCCAAGGAGGCGGGAUUAUGUGACGUUGGACGGUUUGUCGCGACCGCCUUUCUAUCCGCUGGGCCACGACUCGCCAUCGCUCUCGCCAAUCAGGAGGAAUUUCCGCCCCUCCGGAUCAGGCGGGCUGGGAUUGGCUCGGGUUUACCAGCCGGGAAGUAACGGAGCGAGGCUCUUGGGCGUCGGACGAACGGAGGCGGGUCAUUACAGUGACGACUGCAACUUCCUCCCUGGGCUGCCUCGCCGCGUGGCUAGCCAACCGGACGUCAAGUUUCACCUCGCAAGGAGUUCUAACCCCGCCUUUAACCCCGCCUCCGAGUUCCGUCCCCUUGGUUACUACCCCCACCUGACACGCCCCGCCAGACCCACCUACCUCCCGCUGAACUCCUCCCCUCUGCCCGAUCGACCUACCUCGCUUUGCAUGAUCGGAGGCAACACAGGGAGCUACAGCGACUCGGACCCGGAGGUUUUCUAUCCGUACUACUGCCGACCACCCCCACUGGGGAAAGUGGUACACUCCGCUGGACUAGCCAGGAUGAGGUUCUCCUCUGGGAGCCUCCAACUGGACGAGGAGGAUGAGGAGGAGUAUGGAGGGGCGACAGAUAAAGCAAAAAAAGAGUGUGAAGACGACAAGAAAGGGGCAGGAGACAGGACGAAAGGUCCUGCAAAGUUUACUGAAGUCACACUGUAG